UUCUCUCUCUAUAACCUACUCGCCUCUUCAAGCUUUCUCUCUCUAAAAUUUUCCUAAACCUUUCUUCCUCUCUCUAGCGUCUCUCCCGUCUUUGACAAGUCGUUCUCAAAUCUCGUUAUCCCUGCGAUUAGUAAAAGAAUUUAUUGAUGGGCCCGGCCAGAAAAUCCAGAAGUGUAAAUAAGCGGUUUUCAAAUGUAGAUGAGACUUCUCCCGGUAAUUCAAACAAAAGUAAACAAAAGAGGAAAUUGUCAGAUAAGUUAGGAUCCCGGUGGAACAAGGGGGAGCUUCAGAGCUUUUAUGAAGCAUAUCGAAAGUAUGGAAAGGACUGGAAAAAGGUAGCUGCUGCACUGCAGAACAGAUCUGUUGAAAUGGUAGAAGGCCUUUAUCAUAUGAAUAAGGCAUAUUUGUCCCUCCCUGAAGGAACAGCUUCUGUUGUAGGCCUUAUUGCAAUGAUGACCGACCACUACAACGUCAUGGAAGCAAGUGACAAUGAACGGGAGAGCAAUGAAGUUUCUGUAAUGCCAUCUCAACCUCAGAAAUGUAAGAGGGCUAAAAUUCAACAAAUUGGGUUCAAGGAAAAUCUUUUGCCUCGCUCUAAGGCAUCUAGUGAUGGAUGCCUAGCAUCAUUGAAGAAGGUCUACACGGAUGGUAUGCUAACAUGCUUGGGAGGGGCAUUUUCUUUAGGUGGUCAGCCUCUUGUGGUUAAGAAAAGGACACCACGCUUCCCCACUUUCUGUAUGAGAGAUGAUGCAGAAAAUCAUGUUUCUCCUAAGACAAUAGUUAGGGCAGUGGAGGCUGAUACUAAUGGCGAUGAGGGUGCCCAUGUUGCAGCCCUUGCAUUAACCGAGGCGUCAUUGAAAGGAGGCUCUCCUCCAGUCUCCAGGGCAGCAAACAGAAGAAUGGAGCUUAUCAAGUCACCAGCUGUUACACACUUCGAGAGGGAGAUGUCACAAUCAGAAAAUGGUGAGGCCAAACUUCAUGAUUCUUCCAUACGUGGAAACUUGAUGGAGAGUGGUGUACGAGUUAGGGUAGCUGAAAACAGUUCUUCCGCUAGAGAUACAAUAACCAUGGUGGAUAUGGAAGGUUUAAGUGCAGUUGAAAUUCAUCGAAAGGGGAAAAAGAUCUACAGAAAGAAAGGGAGAGUUGAAAUGAUUCAACAUGGUCAGUCUGAUGAUGAAGAAGAAGCAUGUAGUGGCACUAAAGGACUCAGAGUCAAUUCUCUUAAUGGGGAUGCAUACAUUGCUGUGUCAAAUACUAAAGAUGAGCAGAUCUCUCAUGGUCAAAGAAAGCGAAGCAAGAAACUUUUUACUGGAGAUGAAAGCCAUGCCUUGUAUGCUUUGCAAAUGUUAGCAGACGUUUCGCUAAGGGAAAUUGAAUCAUCUGUCCAGUUGAAAGAUGAAAAGAUUAUAAUGGAUGAAGGUGACAAAUUUGAUGUGCAUGGAACCGCAUCUAUUAGCCUUCAUAAAGGGAAAACCAAAAACCUGGGCUCAAAAGAAAAAGUAUUUCACGCUAUUACUACACAUGAGGAUACUAGCUCUAGAAAAUCCAAGCUGGGAAAAAACUUUGUGUUUGUCUCUGGAACAAAAAUGUCACCACAAGUAGCAAGUAAUAAGCUCAAGAGAAAACGCAAUUCUUUGUUAUCGGAGAGAUCAGAUGUUGAAGCUCAUACAGAUUCUCAUUUGAGAAAGUCCUUAGAGCCUGAGGUCUUAGCUGAAGAGGAGUAUAUAUUUAAGAUGAAUGGAAGACAGAGUGACCAAAUUUCGUCUUCUUUAAAACAAUGGCAAUCGGUGGGAGCGCCUGGGGAUUCCUCCAUUGACAGUUAUAGGACAACAUUGCGGGCUGAUCUAGAGGUAUCAACUACACAAGUUUCUUCGUCAAGCCAGGUUAGUUUUCUACCUAGUAAAAGAAGCAGACGUAAGAUGGAUCUUAAGAGAACAUUCUCCCCAAAAGAGAUGAAGACUUCUGAUAACACAAUGAAGUUUCAGGAUAACAUAUUGAAGGAAAAGCUUUGUAGUUGCUUGUCCUCUCGGCUGGUACAAAAAUGGUGCAUCUCUGAAUGGUUCUAUAGUUCAAUUGACUACCCUUGGUUUGCUAAAAGGGAGUUCGUGGAAUACUUAAAUCAUGUUGGAUUGGGGCACAUCCCAAGGCUAACUCGUGUGGAAUGGGGCGUCAUAAGAAGCUCUCUUGGCAAACCUCGGAGGUUUUCCGAACGUUUUCUAUGUGAAGAGAGGGAAAAACUCAAUCAAUACCGGGAUUCUGUUAGGAAGCAUUACAGUGAACUUCGUAGUGGUAUUAGGGAAGGCCUUCCUACGGACUUAGCUUGGCCACUAUCAGUUGGGCAGCAAGUAAUUGCCGUUCAUCCCAAAACAAGAGAUGUUAAUUGUGGAAAAGUGCUUACUGUAGAUCAUGACAAGUGUAGGGUUCAGUUCGACCGUCCUGAAAUAGGUGUUGGAUUUGUCAUGGAUAUUGACUGCAUGCCUGCAAAUCCUUUGGAUAAUAUGCCUGAAGUUCUUAGGAGACGGAGGUUUCCAAUACCAAAGGAGCUGCAAGCGCAUGGACAUUCUAACUCUGGAGGCUCCAUGACAUUCACAUCAUGUGGGCAUCAGGAGAGGCCUUCCAGUCCUAUGAAUACUUUGGUCAAGCAGGCAGAAACAGAGCUUUCCAUUUCACAACCCAAGGCAACAACUAAUAACGUCAGUGCGCAAGCGGCCUAUAUUCGAUCUUCUAAUUUGGCAUCUUCUGCUUUACCUAAUCUGAGGCAACAGAAUACUUGCAAAGGAAGUCUUCUACCUCCUUGGCUGAAGCCCCAAGCUGUUUCCAAUUUUCAAGUUGACUUGUCAAUUUCUCCUGAGAGUUCAGUUUCCCAAGAAUCAGGAUCUAGUGUGGUCGAAAUUGUCAGGAGAUCAAGAUCAAAAGCACAUACAAUGGUGAAUGCUGCUAUGCAGGCAAUGUCAUCAUUGAAGGAAGGGGAAGAUGCAUUCAUGAGAAUUGGAGCCUCUUUGGAAUCUGUAGAUAAAAGGCAACUAACAUCUGACUCUAGGGUGCCAAUGGUCAGGUCUUCAGAGCACGUCAAUGGCACUUUGGAUCAUUGCAAGCGCUCGAUCACUUGCACAUCAGAGCCUCAGCUUGCUUGUAGUGUAUCUGGAUCCGAUCCACGAGAUGAAACAGACAAAAAUGAUGCAAAAAUUUCUUCGGAGCUAAUAACUUCGUGUGUUUCUACUCUACUCAUGAUACAAACAUGUACUGAACGGCAAUAUCCUCCAGCUGACGUAGCUCAGAUAAUAGAUUCAGCUGUGACAAGCUUGCGUCCAUGCUGUCCUCAAAACCUGCCUAUAUACAGAGAGAUACAGAUGUGCAUGGGAAGGAUCAAAACCCAAAUACUAGCUCUAAUACCAACAUGAUUUAUAUGGUCGUUGACAUGCCAACAAUCCCUCAGCCGAGGCGGUUAAGGUAUAUACUCGAUUUGGUGGUACUCAAAAUGGUCGUUGCCAUCAUUUCUAUGUAUAUAGCGUUUGCAUCUUCCUUCCAUCUUUCACUAAUUUAUCGUCCUUGAGCUAACAGGUGAAGAGUAUUAUAUUGCUGCCAUUGACAUUCUAGUGACAACCUUUUUCCUUUUAAUUUUCUAUUUUUUUUAUUCUUCUGUAGCUUAGAUUCCCAUUUGACAUUUUCCCCACAUAUUCAAAUAAAGUAAAUGAAUUUUCUUCCCCCUCUUGUUUCU